AUGUCGAGUGAGGAGACCGAAUCGAAAGAUCGCACCAAAGAAAACCGACUGAAAAAGGAUAAUAUUCAGGCUAUGGUCAUCGUGCAGAACUCAUUGGAUACACCGUCAAAGAAAGCGUUGCGUAGCUUGCGGCGUCUGCGAGGACUUCCCUGUAGCACCAGUGGCUGGAGCACUAACUUGAGCAAAAGGCCAAGGAAGAACCCUGGGAAUUCGAGUAGACCAGCCGAGUCUACUAUGGCUGAAGGCGAUCCACAUGCUGAUACGAUCGUAUUAGGGCCUGAUGAAUCAGGACGAGCAGCCACACCGAGCCAAGAAGGAUGUCGAAGCUCCAGGUACGACUUGCGUAGACGGAGAUCUAUCCAGCAAAAAGAUGAGGAAGGAUGUUCUACGAGUAUCAUGGCUGCCACUGCUGAUGAGGCUGUGGAACCAAUAAUAAAACGAUUCAAAGAAUCACCAGGAGAAGCUCGGAAAACAUAUUUAAAUAAUUCAAGUCUGAAAAAUGAUUCUCCUCGAGGCAAACAAUGCUAUAUUGAUGCUUUACCCUCCGAGCUAUUAAUAAAGAUUUUCGGAUGCUUAUAUGAAGCUGAUCUCAGAAGAUGUGCGGCAGUCUCUCGCCGGUUUUAUAGCCUCUCCAAUGAUUCAUCAUUAUGGAGAAAACUAUAUGAGGAUGCUUUCGAAUAUACUAUUCCGCUUUAUCAUCCCACUCAUGGAAGAUUCGAGUUCCGUGCCGCUGAAAGAUGGAAAGAUACUCGUAAUGCCUGGAAAGAAAGUUUCCGACAACUGCGUCAUGGAAUUCAUGUUCGACCGGGAAAGGCUCACAUCUAUGAAGGUCAUUCUGGACGCAAAAUGACGCAUUUUGAAAGGAUUGACGAUGCUUUAAGGUUUUUGGACGCCAGUAGUAGUAGAGCUGAAAAGUUAAUUUUCCUGCAUACUGGACACUAUUUCCCAGAUCCCAUUGUUAUAGAUUCAGCCGUUCAAAUUGUUGGAGCUAGCAAGGGUACUGAAAUCAAUAAGCAGGUUGUCAUAGAACAGAAAAAUGAUACAACCAUUUCUUUCAUUGAAAACAGUGCUAAAAUCUAUUCCAUAGAUGCUUUUCUUGGUUUUGUAACAAUUAAAUUUAAUCCUGAUAAACCUCCUGAUGGUGAUACCCCUGUACCUUAUCAUCAACAACAUUAUGCUUUACAAAUUACGGAUGAAACUGCACCAACAAUUGAUAGGUGUCACAUAAAUUCAACAUGCUCUGUAGGAGCUGCUGUUUGUGUUAAGAGAACGGGAGCUAAUCCAAUUGUUCGCCACUGUACAAUAACUGAUUGCGAAAACGUUGGAAUAUACAUUACCGAAGGAGCUUUGGGAAGGUUCGAAGACUGUGAAAUCGCCCGAAACAACUUGGCAGGCGUUUGGGUCAAGAAUCAUGCUAACCCCAUGUUCCGGCGUUGUCAUAUUCAUAGUGGCAAAGAUGUUGGAGUAUUUACUUUUGAAUAUGGACAAGGCUAUUUCGAGAAAUGUAACAUUCAUUCAAACCGCAUCUCCGGUAUUGAAGUGAAAAACCAUGCAAAUCCAACUGUUGUUCGUUGCGAGGUGCAUCAUGGCCAAACGGGUGGAAUUUAUGUUCAUGAAAAAGGUAAAGGCCAAUUCAUGGAAAAUAGAAUUUAUGCUAAUGCCUUCGCUGGAAUAUGGAUAACAUCUCAUUCUGAUCCUACUAUUAGGAAAAAUGAAAUUUUCAGUGGCCAGCAAGGCGGUGUAUAUAUAUUUGGCGAUGGCCGAGGUUUAAUAGAAGCUAAUAACAUUUACGGAAAUAUGCUGGCUGGUAUUCAAAUACGAACGGGCAGUGAUCCAAUUGUACGUCUGAAUAAAAUUCAUGAUGGACAACACGGUGGAAUUUAUGUGCACGAAAAAGGUAAAGGGCUCAUCGAGUCAAAUGAAGUUUACGGAAAUACAUUGGCUGGUAUCUGGGUAACCACGGGAUCUUCCCCUAUUUUGAGAAAAAAUAGAAUUCACUCUGGAAAACAGGUUGGUGUCUACUUCUAUGAUAACGGACACGGACUACUCGAGGAAAACGAUAUAUUUAACCAUUUAUAUUCGGGUGUUCAAAUAAGAACGGGUUCUAAUCCUAAAAUCACAAGAAACAAGAUUUGGGGAGGACAAAACGGAGGUGUUCUAGUUUAUAACGGCGGUCUCGGUUGUUUGGAAGACAAUGAGAUUUUUGAUAACGCAAUGGCCGGUGUUUGGAUCAAAACCGAUAGUCAACCUAUCCUGCGACGGAACAAAAUCUACGACGGUCGUGAUGGUGGCAUUUGCAUUUUCAACAAAGGACGUGGUCUAUUGGAAGAAAAUGAUAUCUAUCGUAAUGCUCAAGCUGGUGUACUCAUAUCAACGGAAUCCAAUCCAACAUUACGACGGAAUCGCAUCUUCGAAGGCAAAGCGGCCGGUGUUGAAAUCACAAACGGAGCUACAGCCACAUUAGAAGGAAAUCAUUUAUUUAAUAACAAAUUUGGAGGGCUAUGUCUAGCCACGGAUGUUCAUCCUGUUAUCCGAGACAACUUCAUAUAUAGUAAUCAUAAUGCUGUCGAGAAAGCAGUAAAUCGCGGACAAUGUUUGUUCAAGAUCAGUAGUAGUACUACGUUCCCGAUGCAUGAUUUUUUCCGGUGUAUCAGUUGCAAUACAACAGAUCGAAAUGCUAUUUGUACUAAUUGUAUAAAGGUUUGCCAUAAAGGACACAAAGUAGAGUUCGUGCGGCACGAUCGGUUCUUCUGUGAUUGUGGUAAUGGAACUUUAGAGAGUCAUCGUUGCAGCCUUCAGACUGAAGUUCGAGACAACGAUACAGUUUACGAUUCGAAUAUGCCAACAGAAUGCCAUAGACUUCCUCGGUAUCAUUCUGGAUUUCAUGACCACAAAUGGGGUAAGUUGAAACAACGAUAUAGUAAAGAGAUUUGUUCAACGACUCUGCUUUCAUGUUGUGUUAGUUCUAGUCACAGUUCUAGCCGAAAUCUCUACAAGUUAUUCCGAGCAACCUAG